AUGGCUGGCUUGGCUCCUCCCGCUGCCUCACGCCCCGCCCUCCUGCUGCUGACCCUAAUGGCCAUAACUCUGGUGUCCUCCAGCUACCCUCAGCCACGCCUCCAACCCAUACACAGAGGCACCUCUCCAGGCGAUCCAGGAGACAAGAGGGAGGAUUGGGAGGUUCUCUGUCCCUCCAUCUUGCUCACUCCGAGCAUGCAGAUGAUGUCAGCCCCAGACUUUGGUGCGGCCAAGAGCAAGGCGGAGCUCCUGGGCUCUCAAUUGGGCCAGUCGCAGAUGGACAAGGACAUGGCCAAGGGCUGGCUGGGUGACUGGGCUCUGCAGGGAUCUAACAAUGAGGAGAAGAGGAACAUCGUGGUGGCAGAUGAUGCAGCGUUCAGGGAGAAGAGUAAGCUGCUAACUGCCAUUUAGAGACAGAAGUGGCUUAACUCCUAUAUGCAGAAACGGUUGGUUGUCAACUCCCAGUAG